AAAUUUCACAGAGCUUACUCUUGUCACAUGGGCGCAAUCUGUUUUCGACAAACCAGAGCUAGAAAACUCGCCAGCUUAUUCGGAGAAGUUUCUUGCAACAAUAUCUCGAGGUUGGACAAAUCUAUCCGCCAAUGAUCAAAAUACCAUAAGAAAUUUACUUGGCGCAAAACGCUGUAUUCCUACUAAAUUUGGAAUGAAGUUGCCUGAUCACGCUUAUUUUCAAACUGUAAAUCUUUUUCGAGAUUUACCAGUGAUUAAUUUCCAGAACCAAAAGGGAGUUUCUGAAAAAUUCCUUGCUUAUUUAGGACAUGUUGAGUUGCAGAUUGUUUUCGACCGAUUGAUUAGCCAAGGAAGUUGGGAUCACAUGCAACUUGUAAAAUAUUUGGCUUCUGUGGAACUCAAGCCAAUUGAAAAAGAGCGAUUAAAAAUCACUCCAAUUUGGCCCAGAGAACGAUUAGAAAAUGAGGAUUCCAUAGUAGAUGCGAACGGCACGGUUAAACCAACUCGAUCUGUUAAAAGAUUUGUCGCGACAGACUUAUAUGCACCUCUUGUUGAGCUUAGGGAUCUAGGGUUGCCAAUUAUUGAAUGGAAAGGCGUAUGGAAAUCAAAUACGAAAGAUGCCAAGUUUCUUUUGGAUAUGGGACUUCGUGUGCAUCCACCGUUGGAAACGAUACUUGUGCUGGCUUCGCCUCCUUCCCAAAUGCAGCUCCGAUCCAAAGCUCUUCAUUAUUUUCUCGAAAAAUUCAAGGAAAAAUAUUCGACAGAAUAUAAUAACACCCUUAUCACGUAUGCUUUUUUGCCUUGUGCAAAUAAGCAAGAUUACGCUACUCCUUCAGAAUGUUUUGCCGAUCCCGCAUGUCAAGUCAUGGGUUACCGCGUUCUUCAUCAAGAUUUACGUUCGCGUGCUCGAGAUUUGGGGAUUCGCGAACAUCCACAUCGUGAUCAAUUGAUAGCGAAACUGUCGAAAGAGCCACCAUCGAACUUAGUAAAAGCCAAAGAAAUCUUUGAAUAUUUGGCUUCGCAACAGGGAGAAUUUAAUAGCUCUGAUUGGGUGACAUUAGGACGCUUGAACUUUAUUCCUGUUGCAAGUGACAAGUCGCAACCUAACUACAUCAUCCAUAUAAAUCCUUCUAGCUGUUAUUUCCGAGGACAAGAUGAUAGUUAUGCAGAUUUCUUUCCACAUGUGCAUUUCGGUGAUCGAGCCAACCAAUUUUUACGAAGUUGCGGUGUAAAACCUGAACCAUCGCCAACCGAAUUCGCCCAGCUUCUCGUACGAUCCUCUUAUGAGUUUCUCAAUAAUAUAAAUAAUAACGUCGAAAAAUACUUUAACAUAUUGCGUAUGAUUGCCACGAAUCUCAAUACGAUUAAACAAAAUACUAAAUUGUACAAUGAAAUGAAAAGAUCGCCAAUUUUGUUGG